AUGGGCUCGUCUUCGAAACCCCUCAAGACAGGAACUUGGUCGCCCGACGAGGACAAACGCUUGCGGGAAGCCGUCGCGCAGUACGGCAACAGCUGGGUUGCGGUGGCAGCCAAGGUUGAGACUCGCAAUGGAGACCAGUGCGCCAAGCGCUGGAACGAAAACCUGAACCCCGAGCUCGAUCAUAGCCCGUGGUCUCCACACGAAGAUCGGCUACUUCUCCACCUGGUCGGCACGUUCGGCACCAACUGGAAAUCCAUCGCCGACAAUUUCCUCGAAGGACGGGCGCCGCUGGCCCUCAAGAACCGCUAUUCCCUCUUAAUGCGCCGCAUGAGGCGCAAACGC